CACUAAACAGAAGGUGCUGGUGAUGGAGUACUGCUCUGGUGGGAGUCUGCUCAAUGUUCUGGAAGAGUCAGAAAAUGCAUUUGGGUUAUCAGAAGCUGAAUUUCUGAUUGUCCUGGAAAGUGUUGUUGGUGGAAUGAACCAGUUGAGAGAAAAUGGAGUUGUCCAUCGAGACAUCAAACCAGGGAACAUCAUGCGUGUGGUUGGGGAUGAUGGUCAAUCAAUUUAUAAACUGACGGAUUUUGGAGCUGCUCGGGAACUUGAAGAUAAUGAGAAGUUUGUCUCACUGUACGGGACUGAGGAAUAUUUGCACCCAGAUAUGUAUGAACGUGCUGUUCUUCGAAAACCCCAGAAGAAGGCUUACGGAGUCACAGUGGAUUUGUGGAGCAUCGGUGUUACGUUCUACCAAGUAGCAACUGGUAGACUACCCUUCAUUCCUUUUGGAGGACCCCGCAAGAACAAGGAGAUGAUGCAUAAAAUCACAACUCAGAAGCCAGAGGGAGCGAUUGCUGGAAUACAGCACAGAGAUGAUGGAUCGAUCGAGUGGAGUCAUGAGCUGCCCAUUAGCUGCAGACUAUCCCGGGGUUUGAAGGACUUGUUAGUUCCCAUUCUCGCCAAUAUCCUGGAGGUGGAUCAGACCAAAUGUUGGGGAUUUGACCAGUUCUUUGCAGAAGCCAAUGAUAUUCUCCACAGAACAGUGAUCCACCUCUUCUCAUUGCAGCAAGCCAUGAUGUUCAAAAUCUACAUCCACUCAUACAACACAAUAAACAUAUUGAUGGAUGCUAUCAUCAAACAAGCUGACAUCUCCCCUCAGAACCAAGAGUUUAUUUAUGAGGGCCAUCGUUUGGAUUUGGAACUGACACAACAGGUGCAGUCACUUCCUAAAACAACCGAGGACAGGCCCAUCAUCCUGAUGAGCACCGAGCCCAAGGUCCUCAUUGGAGUUAUCUACAAAGAGCCUGAGAUACCAGUGUUUCCUCCAAAAUUUGAUAUCAUUAACGAUGCAAGUCUUGCAAAGACUGUGGCCAGUGCUGUUCACCAGCUGCUGAGGAUCACAAAGUCUCUGAUGAAAUGUCAGGAUCUGAUCCUGCGAGGGACAUAUUGGAUAAUUGCGAUUUUGAAGAAAGAAUGUGAGACAAUUCUUCAACAAUUGACAACGUUGAAUCUGAAGCUAAGUUUCUGUCAGGACACCAUGGUGCAAGUCCACAAACUGUAUGGACCACUGAUUCAGGGUCUGACAGAACUGGGCAGUCUUCACAUCAAGCUGCAGUCUGCUCAGGAGUUUAUCGUGAGCGGCUCCCGUAGCGUUCAUAGCAUUCAGAAGCAGUUGGACCAGAUAGCAGCUGAAUGGUGCCAGAGCCGAUAUAUACAUCAUGAAGACAACACAGUUGGAAAAGUGGAGGUUUUAUUGGAUAAAGUUUCUUCCAUCCACAGCCAGCUCAGAAACGACAGAGUGAAAAUGAAACUUCAAUACAAUGAUGAGCAAAUCCAUAAAUUUGAGAAGAUCAAAAUGGGACUGCAUGCAAAGAAGGUGCAGAUGUUAGUCAGAGAGGAUUGUGUACAGAAAUACCAAAAGCUGUUGGCUUCUACCAAAGAAUGGAUGAGGAUAUGCUGUGAGACCCGAAAGCAACUGACAACCUUCAAAAAUCAGAGUGUGAACUUCAUUCAGGAGCUGGACAAACACCAAGCUCAUUUGAACAAGGUAUUAGAGCAGGGGCUGCCGAGGCUUCAGGAAGAACAACAAUCUGUGACCAAAAUACCAGCUUCUCGAGACAACUCUGAACAGAAAUGCAUGGAUUUGACAAUCAGGAUGAAGCAGCUCAAACAGGAAAUGGAAGGUGUAUUGUGGGAACUUGAGCAGAACAACUUGAUCAUUGAAAGGCUCAGUAUCCAGAAGCCACAUGGUGUCUGACACCCACACAUUGAAGAUGGACAUGAUGAGGGUGUGACAUCUUCGGUGCUGUAACUUUAUAUUUCACUGCAUGACAUUUGAAGGAUCAUGGUCUGGGUGAACUAGUACCAAAAACUGGCUGGACCUACUUAUUAAAGAGCAAAAUAAUAGUCAAACUGCACCCACCCCCUUCCUGGGUUGUGUAAAAUAGGCAACUGCAAGUCAGCAACUGAUUUUACAUCUUUCCCCUCUUUAACUUCAGCAGCUUAGUGGAAAGAUAAAUCAGGAAAAAAUGUCGAACUGACUCUUGGCUCUCUACCGUUCAUGUAAACAAUUGAAGAAAGGAACAAAUCUACUACGUUGCAUGAGUAAUCACAUCGGAAAUGCUUACAGCUAAACCUCAUGUAAAUCGAUGUUUGUGUGUGUGUAUAUGACUUAGUUUGUACUCCAACAUCCUUCCUUCAGAAUUGGUAAUUGUGAAGUUUAGGCUCAUCAUGCAAUACUCAGGGAAAUUAAUGAUAUUGGAAAUUAAAUCAAGUUUGUUCAUAUCAGGAAUAA